AUGGCUCUUGUACGAGGCGGAGUCGCCCAGGUUGUGGCUGAGUCGUUCGUCCGGAUUUGUGUUUGCGGGGAUGAGGGAACCGGAAAAUCCAGCCUCAUCACCUCCCUCGUGAAGGGUGUCUUCGUGACAAACAAGAUCCAACCCAUUCUACCCCAGAUCACCAUUCCCCCUACGAUAGGGACCCCGGAGAAUGUCACGACAACGACGGUGGUUGAUACCUCUGCCGUGCCGCAGGAAAGGAGCAACUUGGCUAGGGAGAUUCGGAAGUCAAAUGUGAUACUGCUUGUCUACUCAGACCACUACAGCUAUGAGAGGGUGGCUCUCUUCUGGCUACCGUACUUCCGCUCUCUCGGCGUGAAUGUACCGGUCGUGCUCUGUGCCAACAAGUCCGAUCUCGCUGCUGAUCACACCGAGACCCAAGUCAUCGAGGACGAGAUGUUGCCGUUGAUGUCGGAGUUCAAGGAGAUUGAUUCGUGCAUUCGGACUAGCGCCCGCGAGCAUCGUAAUGUCAACGAGGCCUUUUUUCUCUGCCAGAAAGCGGUUACACACCCCAUUGCGCCUCUGUUCGAUGCAAAGGAGUCAGCCCUGAAACCGGCGGCUGUCGCGGCGCUACAGCGCAUCUUCUACCUCAGCGAUAAAGACCGCGACGGCUAUUUAUCAGAUAAGGAGAUAAAAGAUUUUCAGAUGAGGUGUUUUGAGAAACCGCUGAGCGGCGAGGACUUGGUACACAUCAAAGAGACGAUACAGAAAACGCACCCCGACUCUGUGACGCCGUCCGGGAUAGAUUGCCGAGGAUUCAUCCACUUAAACAAGAUGUAUGCCGAGAAAGGACGUCACGAAACGGUCUGGAUCAUACUCCGCGCAUUUCAAUACACCGAUAGCCUUUCCUUGCAGGAGAGCUAUCUUCACCCAAGGUUCGAAGUGCCCCCUUUUGCAUCUGCGGAACUCUCGCCUGAAGGCUAUCGGUUUUUUGUCAAUCUCUUCCUUCUCUCAGACAAAGACAACGAUGGCGGGCUGAACGAUGCCGAAUUAGCAUCAUUGUUUGCACCGACCCCGGGGUUGCCUUCCUCUUGGGCUGACGGCUCGUUCCCUUCCUGCACUGUCCGAAAUGAAGCCGGUCACGUCACUCUUCAGGGAUGGCUGGCACAGUGGAGUAUGACAACCUUCACCUCUCCCAAGACAACGUUAGAAUAUCUAGCGUACCUGGGAUUCGAGUCUUCAGAUCGAAGCAACCCCUCCACAACCGCGGCUCUCAAGGUGACACGUCCUCGAAAGCGAAGGAAGCGCCCUGGGCGCGUGGGCCGCAAUGUGGUCCUCGGUCACAUAGUUGGAGCUCCAGGGUCAGGCAAAUCUGCCCUGCUUGAUGCUUUCCUGUCACGCGGGUUUAGUACCACCUACCAUCCGACAAUCCAACCGCGCACCGCGGUCAACACUGUUGAGCUUCCGGGUGGUAAACAAUGCUACUUGAUCAUGGACGAGCUUGGAGAGCUAGAGCCUGCUAUUCUCGAGAAUCAAGCCAAGCUACUUGAUCAGUGCGAUGUGAUUGUAUACACCUAUGAUUCGUCAGACCCCGAUUCGUUUGCAUAUAUUCCCUCGCUCAGGGCGAAAUACCCACAUCUGGAGGAGCUUCCGAGUGUCUACAUCGCACUCAAGGCCGAUCUAGACCGCACAACCCAGCGCGCGGAACAUCAACCCCACGAGUACACGGCUCUCUUGAACAUGUCUGGGCCACCACUCCACGUGAGCGUCACCUGGAAUUCAAUCCAGGAAGUGUUUGUUCAUAUUGCGGAAGCCGCCAUGGAGCCGAGCACGGCAUUUCCGCGAAGCGAAGAAGACGUCGAGGGCAAGUGGAUGUCGUGGGGAAUAGCCCUAGGAGCGGUGGUUUGUGCCGGAGCAGCAGCAGUAAUGAUCUGGCGACGAUGGGAUCUCGAAAAGGCUUGUUCCUUGGCAAAUACGGCCAGUUUAGAUAGUUCGGUCUAUUUACUCUACGCGAACUGGGACGCCUAUCACGCCACAAUGUUCGUCCUCCCCCCACCUCCCCCUCGCUAUACGGUCCCAGUUGCAUAUGCAGCUGGGGCAUCGAAUGGCAUGGCAGUCCCUAUCGUGGAGACAAACAACAUAAUCAGCCACCCGGAGAAAGGCUGUCCGCUUCAAGUCGGAGAAGGAACAUAUCAGCUCCAAGACGACCUGCAUCUAGCUACCCCUCCCCCGCAUCCCUCUGAAGCGCCGAUCAUAAACCCGAACCCACUCGCAACCGUCCCUAUCCCUCCCACCUCCGGCGUCAAGCUGUCGUUAGUUAGCCUUGGACCUCGAAACAAGACUACUUUUCCAUCGAAGGUGAAAGUUACCGCAAGACCUUUUGGAGAUGGAAAUAGUGCUUUGGCGGCCCCUCCUGUCAAGGACCCCUCGAAAAAGCGGAAACCGAAAAACAACAUCAUCAAGAGCAGCUCAUCAUUUGUAUCACGGGUGAUUAUCCACGAGGCUACGACGAAGCGUUUGAACGACCGCGAUCCGGAAGGGCUUUUUGCAUUUGCGAACAUCAAUCGCGCGUUUCAAUGGCUAGAUCUCAGUUCGAAGCAUAAAGACGAGCCACUGUCCAAGAUCCUCUUUACCAAGGCCCACAUGAUAAGCCACGAUGUCAAUGAAGCAACCAAAAGCGCGGCACAUAUUGAUGUCAUCAUGGGAUCGUCGGCCGGAGACAUUUUCUGGUAUGAGCCCAUAUCGCAAAAGUAUGCGCGAAUCAACAAAAAUGGGAUCAUCAACAACUCCCCGGUCACACAUACCAAAUGGAUCCCGGGCUCAGAAGGUCUGUUCAUAGCAGCGCAUGAGAAUGGACAGCUGGUGGUGUACGAUAAGGAAAAAGACGACGCUCUUUUUACACCGGAACUCCCCGAACAGUCAACAGAAUCUGUCAAACCAUCGAGUUGGUCCCUGCAAGUGUUGAAGUCGGUCAACUCCAAAAAUCAAAAAACAAAUCCAGUUGCAGUCUGGAGGUUGGCUAACCAGAAGAUUACACAAUUUGCCUUUUCCCCGGACCACAAGCAUCUUGCUGUAGUGCUGGAAGAUGGAACGUUGCGUCUGAUGGAUUAUCUCCACGAAGAAGUCUUGGAUGUCUUCCGAAGCUACUACGGCGGGUUUACUUGCGUUUGCUGGUCACCGGAUGGAAAGUAUAUUGUUACUGGUGGGCAAGAUGACUUGGUAACUAUUUGGUCCUUACCGGAGCGCAAGAUCGUUGCACGGUGUCAAGGCCAUGAUUCGUGGGUCUCUGCCGUCGCAUUCGACCCAUGGCGAUGUGAUGAGCGGACAUACAGGAUUGGCAGUGUGGGUGAUGAUUGCAACCUAUUGCUCUGGGACUUCAGCGUGGGUAUGCUGCACCGACCGAAAGUGCAUCACCAAGCUAGCGCACGCCAUCGAACAAGCUUGAUUGCGUCGAGCUCACAACAACUUAGCCGUCAUAGAGCCGACAGUUCAGGAAACCGAAUGAGGUCGGAUUCUCAACGGACUGCUGCUGACAGCGAAACCGCACCCGAUCAACCUGUCCAACACCCGGUUGAAUCUAGGGCACGCACGGCUCUGUUGCCACCAAUCUUAUCCAAAGCUGUGGGUGAAGACCCUAUCUGUUGGCUAGGUUUCCAGGAGGAUACAAUGAUGACAUCCUCGCUAGAAGGCCACAUUCGCACCUGGGACCGUCCUCGAGAAAACAUUGGUGACAACUAUGGCGAUCAGAAGUCGUCCGAGGCAGGCAAACCCACCUCGUCCACGGGAUCAUUGUGA